CAGAAUCGAAUUGGGUCACCGCGGAAUUGCCCUUAUUCCUCUAGCCAAUUUAUUCCUUCUCGUCUACCCUAUCCCGGUCGAUUCUUUACGACGCGCGCUGCAACCAUGGCGUCUACUGAUUCUCUCCCUGCGGCGGUCGAGUCGCUUUCUCUGCAGACUACCUCAGAGACCUCCAAGUUCCCGAACAGCUAUCCCUCUUUAAACCCUGUCGAUGUUUACCGUGAGCACAUCUCGGAGCAUUUGAGCGCUAUUACGGGUAUUGAGGCUGAGAAGAUCUACCCCCGUUUGCAAUUCACGAGCACUCUGGACAAGGGUGACCUUCUUUUACCGGUCCCGUCGCUUCAGAUCAAGGGCAAAAGCCCGGCAGACUUGAGCAAAGAACUCGCCGAGAAAUUCCCAGAAUCCGACCUCAUCCACCCACCUAUUGCCGGAGGCCCUGGCGGCACGCACCUCCAAUUCUUUUUCAAGGAGAAACCUCUUGCACAGCGGGUCAUUGGACAGAUCUUCAAGGAGAAGGCCGCAUAUGGAUCAAACGGGAACCAGGGUCUGCGGGACCCCAAGGACCCCUCUAAAGGCCGGAAGAAGAUUAUUGUCGAGUUCUCGUCGCCCAACAUCGCGAAGCCCUUCCACGCCGGUCACUUGCGGAGUACCAUCAUUGGUGGAUUCUUGGCCAAUCUCUAUACUGUUAUGGGAUGGGACGUCAUCAAGAUGAACUACCUCGGCGACUGGGGUAAACAGUACGGUCUGCUUGCCAAUGGAUACAAAAAGUUUGGUGACGAGCAGAAGUUGCUUCAGGACCCCAUCAACCACUUGUUCGAGGUGUAUGUUAAGAUCAACAACAUUGUCUCCGAGCAGGAGGGUCCAAUCAAGGAGCUCAAGGAACAGAUUAAGGCGAAGAAGGAGAAGAACGAGGACGUCUCGAAGCUUGAGCAGGAACUAGCGAAACUCGUUGAUGUCAGUGAGGAUGAGAAUGCUCGUCGCUACUUCAAGAGCAUGGAGGACGGCGACCCCGACGCCCUAAGUCUCUGGCGCAGAUUCCGUGACCUCAGUAUUAAGAAGUACCGCGAGACGUAUGCUCGUCUCAACAUCGACUAUGAUGUCUACUCUGGCGAGUCCCAGAUUAAACAGGAAAGCAUGUCCAAGGCCAACGAAAUUCUGCAGAGCACAGGCGUUUCCGAAAACUCGGAUGGGGCAACCAUUGUCGACUUCCCCAAACACGGUGCCAAGAAGCUCGGAAAGGCCGUCAUUGUCCGAAAGGAUGGUACUCCUCUGUACCUGACCCGUGAUAUUGGUGCUAUCUUUGAGCGUGAUGAAGCCUAUCACUUCGACAAGAUGAUCUAUGUUGUUGCUGCCCAGCAGGAUCUUCACUUGGCUCAGUUGUUCAAGAUUGUAGAGCUAAUGGGCUUCAAGGAUCUGGCCAGCCGCUGCCAGCACAUCAACUUCGGUAUGGUCCGUGGAAUGAGUACCCGCAAGGGUACUGUGAAGUUCUUGGACGAUAUCUUGAGGGAUGUCGCCGACAAGAUGCACGAAACCAUGAAGAAGAACGAGGAGAAGUACGCUCAGAUUGAGAACCCUGUGGAGACGGCUGAUAUCCUGGGUAUCACUUCCGUCAUGGUUCAAGAUAUGUCUGGAAGACGUAUUAACGGUUACGACUUCAACCUUGACGCCAUGACAUCGUUUGAAGGAGACACCGGUCCUUACCUGCAAUACGCGCACUCCCGACUUUGCUCUAUUUUGCGCAAGGCGGAGGCCAACGUUGAGGAGCUUCCGUCGGCUAACCUUGACCUCCUAACUGAAUCCCAUGCCGUCAACCUUGUCCGCCUGCUCUCGUCAUGGCACGACAUUCUCAUGAUGACCAACAAAACUCUUGAACCUACCACCAUCCUCACCUACCUCUUCCGCCUGACUCACAUGAUCAGCUCUAGUUACGAUGUUCUUCAGGUUAUUGGCAGCGAACCUGAGCUGAAGAAGGCCCGUCUAGCCCUGUACGAGGCUGCCCGACAAGUCCUGCACAACGGCAUGCGGAUUCUCGGUCUCAGCCCCGUCAGCCGGAUGUAAACGACGUACGACCAAUAAAAAACAGGAUAUCCAUUUUUUAGAUCUCAGACAGCGGAAUACAAAUUUCU